UAUUGUUUUUCUUGUUUACAAUAAAAGAGUCAAGUUGUUAUUUUUUUCCCAAUUACUUGAUAGAAAAUUAGAAUUUAACUGAUUUAAAGAAAUCAUGGUGAUUGUAAAUGAUGGAAAUGACGAUGGAGUUUUAUCACCUGUAGAAUGUGCAAAAAAUGAAUCAUCUAAUAAGUUGAAUGAUUGUUGCAACAACAACAAUACAACUGCGACUCAAUUACAAGAGGGACAACAACAAACCGGUGAAUCGCUUUUGUCACCCGAUGGAAUCGUCAACUCAACCAGUCCAUUGAAAAUUGUGGUCGUCGGCGAUGGUACAGUCGGUAAAACGUGUAUGUGUAUCGCUUACACCCAAGGAAUUUUUCCAGACAGUGAAUAUGUUCCAACAGUAUUUGAAAAUUACACCGGAAUUCAGGAUUACCAUGGAUCAAAUUAUCAAUUGGCUCUUUGGGACACUGCAGGUCAAGAAGAUUACGAAAGACUAAGACCUCUCUCUUAUCCAGGGACCAAUGUGUUUCUAUUAUGUUUCAGUGUUGCCAAUUUAAAUUCCUAUCAAAAUAUUACAACUAAAUGGUUUCCAGAAAUCAGGGAACAUGCACCGAAAGUCCCGUUCGUUUUGGUUGGAACCAAAAGUGAUCUCAGACCUGAUGAUAAAUCCUCAUCUCCUUGGUAUCGAUCAAAGUGCAUCGACUUGACAUCUCAAUCAAAUGGAUCUGAGGAAACUUUUAUUACCACGGACAUGGGUCGUAAAUUAGCUCGUAAACUGAAUGCUUCCUGUUACGUUGAAUGUUCAGCUAAAAGUCUUGUUGGAAUAGAAAAUGUAAUUAUGGAAGCUAUCAAAGCUGGAAUUGGUGACGAGGACAAGAAACAACGAUGCAUAAUUAUCUAAAUUUACAUGACGAUUUAUAAUUACCGAUCAAUCGAAAGGAUUCCAGAAAACACAACGAAACUUUGAAGCUCAGUUUUUCAGCUGAAAUCAUUUGCUGAUAUUUUUUUGCUUCUCUUGAUGAACAAAAAGAUAUUUUCAUUAAUCACUUUUAUCGUUUAUUCCAAUAUCAUAUCAAUCCACAUCUAUUAUCUUCAUGAAUCAAUUUUUCACUUUUAUCAAAGAUUAAAAAUGUUUUUACUCUUA